GUCUCUAUCCCCCCCCUUCCAAUUUCAGGUCUUCGUGAGCUGAUGAACAGACCGCGGAGUGAGUCAAUGGGCAAUGCUGCGGACAGACGCAAGACGACACGAAACCCUAUCAAUAAGAAGCUCGUUCGAGUGCAGAUAGAAAGUUGCCCAGUUGAGUCGGUUUACGAUCUGCGGGAAGAGGACGACAGCAAUGAGACGCAAUUCUAUAACGAUUCAUUCGCGUUUCGACGGCCCCGAUCCAAUAGCUCGGACUUCCUAAUACUCCGCAAGACGUCACGUCCGCUCUCAGUUGAAGUGGUCGGUCUAGUAGAUGACUUCUCUGACCCGUACAAGCAGUACAUGAGUGUCGUGGAU